AUGACGCCUAAAGAUUUUUGGGGUAUGGGUUUCGGAUCUCUCCGAGUCGUGAAUUUAGCAAUGUUGUCGAAGUGGUGGUGGAGGUUUAAGGUGGAAAGGGAUAGCCUAUGGAGAAAAGUAGUGUGGGAGAUACAUAAUAGUGCAAGAACAUGGAGUUUUAUUCCAGCAAAAUUAUCAGUGGCGAGUCCGUGGAAACAAAUAUACAAUAUAAAAGGAGAUUUUAGUGUAGUGGGCUUAUGCUUGGAGGCUAUGUUUCGAGGACACCCUGGAAGCAAUAGUGAAAUAUAUUUCUGGAAAGAAAGGUGGUUGAUGGAUGUCCCUUUGUGUGAUAGAUUCCCUACACUGUUUCAACUUGAGAGUCAUAAGAAAGCUUUUAUAAAGGAGAGGGUGAUUGUCGGAUCCGAAGGUUUGGAGCCGGCAUUUAUGUGGUCCAGACUACCGUCCAACGCAGUGGAGUUAGCUGAGAUGCACAGCCUUAUGGAAGCUUUGAAAAACUUCAUCUUGGGCAAGGUUCAGACAUUUGGAGCUGGAUUAUGGAUAGCUCCGGUUGUUUUUCCGUUUGUAGCGUAA